CAAACCCCCUUCUCUCUCUCUCUCUCUCUGUAUGCAAUGAGGAUCAUAUACCCUGCUAAUUGGUAAUAAUUUGUUUUCGGCAAAACAUGGUUUACCAUUUGAUUACCUAAAAACCCAGUUCUUGAUUCUUUCUUUGAUCUGUUCCAGGUCAAGUUAUAUAGGUAAUAUUUUCUUUCAAGCAAUAUAAUAAACAUGGUUUAUCAUUUGAUUACCUAAAACCCAGUUCUUGUUCUUUCUUUAAUUUGUUCCAGGUCAAGUUAUAUAGGUCAAGGUAUAUAUCGAAGUGUACAAGUAAAGUCAUGGGUCUUGACAAUUUUCCUUUAAUUUCCCAAAAAACGCAUGCCAAUUUUCGGUUGUGCAAUGUCUCCGGUUAUACUACAAAUUUGCUAGAAAUUCGUGCGGAAGAUCCUUCAUUGCAUGUCUUGUUCAUCCCUGGAAAUCCAGGGGUAAUUUCAUUUUACACUGAUUUUCUGGAAAAUUUGUAUGAGCUACUUGGAGGAACUGCAUCUAUAACAGCUGUUGGUCACAUAUCCCAGACAGAAAAGGUAAGUACUUUGGUUAAUAUGAGUUAGGAAGUAGCUGCAUUAUUUUGAUUGUGCUGUUAUUACGUCUUGACCCUGCUUUCCAUUUUUCCCUAAUUGAUAAACUUCUUAUGGAGUUCUAAGU